AACAACGUACGACAAUCUCCGAAACCACCCGUCUGUUCUUCCACGAUGCCUCCGCAAAUCAAGCAAGACCUUAACCGGUCUGGCUGGGAAACGACCGAUUUCCCAUCCGUCUGCGAACGAUGCCUUCCGGAAAACCCUUAUGUCCAGAUGCUGAAAGAGGAUUACGGCGCUGAAUGCAAAAUCUGCACUCGACCCUUCACUAUCUUCCGAUGGAAAGCCGAUCGCACAGCUCGACAGAAACGCACAAACAUAUGCCUCACAUGCGCACGUCUCAAAAACUGCUGCCAGUGCUGUAUGCUGGACCUUUCUUUUGGGUUACCUAUCGUCGUCCGUGACGCCGCCUUGAAAAUGGUUGCGCCCGGACCGCAGAGCGACGUGAACCGACAGUUCUAUGCCCAAGAGCAUGAGAAGGAGAUUGAAGAAGGGCGCGGAGCUGUAGAAGCAUACGAGAAGACAGAUGAGAAGGCUCGCGAGUUGCUGAAACGACUAGCACAGAGUGAACCAUACUACAAGAAACAGAGGCGCAUCGAUGCAGAGAGUGAAGAAGGGGAACGAAAAGCGCUUCCAGCACCAGGUGGCGGAUCUGGAGAAGGUUCGAAUAGCGGCCAUGUUCCUGGACCUAUACGAACGAGAGAUACGCGGGGUCUGAUUAGUGGCCGCGGGGGACCGCGACAAGUUCGGGGAGGCGCAGCUGCGGCACCAAAACCCGAAGACUGGCUGCCGCCCAAGGAUCCGAACAUUGCAUCGCUCUUUGUUACCGGCGUGGAAGAUGAUCUGCCCGAGCACGAGAUUCGUGCACAUUUUGCCCAGUAUGGCCAACUACGUUCGGUUGUAUGCUCCCAUCGUGCGCAUUGCGCAUACAUCAAUUACGUGAAGCGGCAAGACGCGGAAUCGGCAGCAGAGGGUUUGAAAGGCAAGGUGGUCAUCAAAGGGUGCCCAAUGAAGGUCACCUGGGGAAGGCCAAAACAACUUGAUACUCUCGAUCAGAAUGUACGAAUGAUGUAUGCAAAGGAGGGUCGGAAGAUGGCUGGGCCGAAAGACCGCGCAGACGCCGCACAGGGAGCCAUCGAAGCCGGGCCAGCAAGCGUGUCCAGCGCUGCAGUGAUCGCACCGCCUCCAGGAGCAGACGACGAGGUCAAUUACGCCAGUCUGGCAGGCAACUAAC